AAACAAAUAAGACUUGUUUUCUGAAAAAUAAUUUAGAAAUUGGAUUUACAUACCCAAUUUUUAUCGAACUGAAAUACUUUUUCGGGAAAAAACGAAGAAUUCUUUCAUUAUUUAAGUGCGCCCAAUUUUUGUUGGGGUGAAGAGGAAUAGAAUGAGCAGAGGUAUGGAGAAGAGGAAUAAGAAGACGGAAUCGGAGGAGGUGGAAGAUUUGCUCCGUGCGGCAGAGGAUGACGUGUUCCUGAAGCUCAGUGUGAAUUCCCAUAUGGCUCGUGGUUCCUCCGCCCAAUUCAUCGACCCAGAUCUCGAUCAACGUUUCCAAGCCCUAAAAUCCAAGAAAAUAACUCCCAAAAAGUCCCAAGACAACCAAACACCUUCAGCUGAUGACUUGCUUACCAGAUUUGCAGCUCUCAAAAGCUCCCUUCCUUCUUAUUCUUCGGCUUCAUCGUCCGCGGUAGAGAAUGAAGAGAAUGAUGAUGAUGAAGUUGAGAAGGUGAUUAAGUGGGCAAUUGAUGCUGCUAGGCUUGAUCCUUCACCUCCCUCGGGGACUGAUGAUGAUGAUGAUGAUAUCAGCACUGAUGAGGACGAGGAUGUAAUUAGUGAGCAUGAUUUCAAGCGUCCGCGUAGAAAAGCUACGCCGAAAUGAUUUAUGAGUGUUUGCGUGUUUCUUCACCUCGUAUAUUUGCUACAAAGUUUUUGUAUUUUAUUAUGUCUUGUUAAAUGAAUUUGUUCAAAAUUCUCGGAUUUCUUCUAAUUAAAUCUUGUGAUGAAGGGUGGAGGAGCUUGGAAAGAAAUCCGUCUUCUUAACCCUAUCUUAAGUAUCAUUUGAUAAGUUAAUCGGGUUCUUUUUAUC